AUAAAUUGAUAUGAUUCCAUUCAAGUUUUCGUCCACAAGAAAAGAAGAAGCCGUGGCCUCCCUCGCCCAUCAAAAGGGGAGAAACAACGGUCCGCCGCCCGCCUGACAUAAGAGCCACCGUCAUUAACCCCCUACUCCCCCCUAAAGUGCCGGCCCACCUCUAUAAAUUAAACACCACCAGCCACUCCGUUCAUCAAUUCAUCAUCCCAAAAUCCUUCUCGUCAUCUUCAUCUAUCAAUUCCAUCUCUAAUUCGAUAUUUGAAAAUUCACCCGUUUUCUAAUAUGGAGCUCAUUCCGGGUCUUCCCGACGACGUCGGCCGCGACUGUCUAAUUCGCGUUCCCUACGAUCACUUCUCCUCGGCUUCGUCGGUGUGUCGACGUUGGAAGGCCGAGAUUCAGCACCCAGAUUUUUUCCGGAGCCGGAAGUCCGCCGGAUGCGCCCGAUCCAUCGUAGUAAUGGCUCAAGCUCGGGUCGACCCUGCCGAAGUUCCUUCCUCCCUCAAGCACUUAGCUUCGCCGGCUUACCGUCUUACUCUAUGCGACCCGGGAAUCGGCAGCUGGCACGAGUUGCCGGCGGUUCCGGGUUUUGCAGGACUUUUGCCGAUGUUUUGCCGGAUCGUCGGAGUCGGGUCGGACCUCGUGGUGAUGGGCGGGUGGGACCCGACAACUUGGGAGGUUUCCAAUGCGGUGUUUAUCUACAAUUUCGUUUCGACCUCGUGGCGGCGCGGCGCCGAUAUGCCAGGUCGGCGGAGGUCCUUCUUUGGCUGCGCGUCGGAUUCUCGUCGGGCGGUCUUCGUAGCCGGCGGCCAUGAUGAGGAAAAGAAUGCGCUGAGAUCGGCUUUGGCGUAUGACGUGCCAAAUGAUGAGUGGACGCCUCUGCCUGACAUGGAAUGCCAGCGCGAUGAGUGCAAAGGACUAUUCCGCGGAGGAAAAUUCCACGUCAUCGGUGGGUAUACUACAGAAAUGCAGGGUCGAUUCGAGAGAAGUGCUGAGGCCUUUGAUGUUACGACGUGGCACUGGUAUCCACCGCAGGCUGACCUCUUGGAAGCUAACGUGUGUCCGAGGACUUGCGUGGAUGGUAGCGGAGGGAAGCUGUACAUGUGUUUGAAGGAACACGUGGCGGUAUUUGACAAAUCCAAGGGGCAGGAGGUGGCUGAGCUGCCGGCUGACGUGUGCAGGAUAGCCUGUACAUCGUCGUGGGAAGGCAGGUUGUUAGUGAUUGGCUCUGCAAGAAUUGGUGGGCCUCACUCAGCAUAUAUAUUGGAUUUGAAGGAUUACAAGUGGACAUCGGUGACCGCACCGGUGGAGUACUCCGGCCACGUUCAGUCUGCCUGUUGCUUGGAAAUAUGAGUCUAAUGUAAUAAAUGUAGAUACGAAGCUGCUAGUUGUUUUAUUUAUUUAUUUAUUUUUUUUGUAACAUUGUAUUUAAAUUAUGUAAAAUGAAUUUAUCAAAUAAAUUAUUUAAAUCAUUAA